GUGGAGUCAGGUAGCCCAGCUCAGCAUCCCCACAACACAGCACUCCACCUGCGGCUGUGGGAGGAAGAAGCCUGCAGGUCAAAGAAGCAGAAGUACCUCCCUGCACCACUCCUCCUCAUGCCCACACCCCCAACACUCACCAGGCACAGCAUACACCAGGCUGUAAGCCUUGCAGCUUCUAAAGCCUCUCUGGUCUUCAAGCACCAAAACCACAUGCUGCCUUGUGGCCAACCAUGGCAUCUACACUGGAGAAAUUCAUUCAUUCUCUGGACCCCAGAACCCUUCCGAGGGUCCUCCAAAUUCAGUCAGGCAUCUAUUUCGAAGGUUCCAUCUAUGAAAUGUUUGGAAAUGAAUGCUGCCUGUCAACAGGAGAAGUGAUUAAAGUUAUUGGCUUCAAAAUUAAUAAGCUCAUAGCAAGUAUCUGUGAGAAUAAUGAAGACAGCCAGUUUUCUGCCAAAGUGGAGUUACCACUAAAUUUUCCUGCCCUGACAAAUUCAGUCUGCCUGGGCUCAAGGGGAUAAUCUGUUGUCUGGUUUGUGUGAGAGUUGGUAAUUAUGCUUCUACAUGAAACCUGUUUUCCAACCCAUGAUGGUCACCAGUUUGUUGCUGAAAAAAAUUCGCUUCUGAAUAGCUCUGCAAUCCCAGGGAAAUUCCUAGAGCCCAGGUCUGGUGUCAACUUCACAGAGGAGAAGUAAGUUUCUUAUGACUGUGCAUUGCCAUAUAUUAUCAAUUGGAAAUGUUUUUUAACAUAGUUUAUGGAGCCUUCUAAAUGUAAUUCUAGAGGUUUUCUAGGGGCAUUGCAUGUGUACCUAUAUCACAAGUUUGUAAACAUAGUUAUUGCCUUUGGGAUACAUAACAUGUUAUUUGAAUACAUUUUUAAUGAAGAAUAUUCCUAUUUCUUUUCUCCAAGCCUUGCCAAGAGAUGAUGUCCUUCCUUUCUGUGCUUGCAGUGCAUGCACAGGAGCAGUGUUUGGGGAUGCUGUCUUGUCCACAGUUUCAGACUGUCAUUGGUGCCUUGUCACUGUGAUAUUUUCUAAAUGCUGAUGAACCAGUUUGUCUUGAUCUACACUGACAACUCCAGUAGUGAUUAUGUUUGCAGUGGCUAGCUUGCUUGCUAAUAACUGCUAAAAUCAUCUGUCAGAAGCACUAAAAAUACUAGUGAGAAAAAUAGUGUGUGCAUUUUUACCUGUGCAGUUACAUUCAUGGAUAUUGCAGCUUGGAAAAAAGUCAUGAGACUUAACCACAGUGCUGCAGUGAGGACAGACACAGAGGAUGUAUGUGUGUUAAGGUACUGAUUUCACACAAAAAGCUGACUGUCUG